AUGGUGGGACAUUUCAGAUCGAGGAGAGAUUCUUCUGUGUCAUUUACACCAAAACCACCAAUUAAAUGCAUCAUUAAUAAUUCACCACCUCCGCAUGUCAAAUUAAGGGGAAAUGAAAAAUUAAUCAACUUUAUAGAUCCAACGUUCCAUAGAUCAACAGGGAUCUCAACUAUCUUAUCUUAUCCAAAAUCCAUUAUUAAAUUUAAUAAUAAUAAGUUGGAUAUGUUGAAAAAAAAAAAUUUGAUGGAAUAUAAAUUCCCCAAUCAUCAUUUGAUCCUUUUAUUACCAGGCAUGGGCUCGCAUAAAAAUUCCAUUUUUUUACCAUAUUUAGCUGACGUUUUGUCAUCAAAUGGAUUUUUUGUGAUUAGAUUGGAUUUUAGAGGUAUGGGUGAUUCAGAAGAUUGUUUAGAUGCAACUUUGAAAGGGAGAUUAUUAGAUGAAGAUGUCAAAGAUAUUGAUACGGUAAUCACCUACAUGACCAAUUAUAUUCCAUUUGAAGAAGAUGAAACAAAUAUCAUUCCAUAUGAUAUUAAUGUCUUGGCAAUCAUUGGUCAUUCUAGAGGUGUAUUGGCCAUGUUUGAAUGGGCUUCUAAACAGGGGAAUUCUUUAAAAGUACCUUUUUUAUUUAAUUGUGCUGGAAGAUUCGAUGGUCAAGGAUUAUACGAUCGUAUCUUGGAAAGAAUUAGAUCGGAAAAAAUUGCAGAGGAAUUGGGAGAUGAUGUUGAUAUUGAUAGUGAUGCACAAACUUAUGAAUAUUUGGGUCAUUAUAUUCAAAUGAGGAAAAAUGGAGAAUUUAAAAAGACUUGGAUCCCAAGAGCAGAAAUUUUAAGUCUCGUCAAUUGUGAUGUAGAGAAAUUUAAAGAUUUGAUCAAAUCAGAUACACAUAUCAUUUCAUUAUAUGGUUCAAAUGAUUCAAUUGUUCCCAUAAGUGCAGCAGCAAAUUAUGCGAACUUGUUCAAUAUUAAUCAUAAGCACUCCUUGGAGAUUAUCUUGGAAGCAGAUCAUAAUUUUUUAAUGGAUAUCCCUCAUGAACAAUCUUCACAAAAAAUUAUUUAUAAUUCAAAUCAAACUAUACCAUUUAAAAAUAAUAAAUUAAAUUUAGCUCCAAUUUUGACUGAAAAAAUAUUAUAUUAUUUAACAGAAGAAUUUCAAUUGAAUUCUUUUUAUAAUUCUUCUUUAUCAAUAACACCGUCAGUUUCAAUUCAAUCAAAACAAUUCGCUAUUACAAAACAUUUGAUUAAAUUACCAAGAAAUCCUUUGCCUUAUAAAUUCUCAAAUAUUUCCAAUUUUAGAGAUAUUGGAGGUUACCCAACAAAAUUCGACAAUUUAAUAGUUAAAACAAAUUGUGUUUAUAGAUCUGCAAGCCUGUCAGGUAUCACUUUACAAGCUUUCAAUUAUUUGCUCGAUAUUAUUAAGAUUAAAUGUAUCUUUGAUUUAAGAUCAAUCUCAGAAAUCGACGAAGCUGGUAAGAUAGAAUACGAUCUAGAUGGAAGAACUUUGAAAAUUAAAAAUAUUCCCUUUAAUAAAAAUAAAUCAUUAUCACCUGAAAAGAUGGCAGAACAAUUUAAAAGUUUGUUAAUCUCUCCUUGUAAUUUCCCUGCUAUUUAUAUGAAAAUAUUAUUGGAAUCCAUAGAUUCAAUUAAAAAAUUUUUUGAAUAUAUUAUAGACCAUGAUGUAAGCCCUGAACAACCAAUUAUUUAUCAUUGUACAGCAGGUAAAGAUAGGACAGGGAUUUUAACUAUGUUAAUAUUAGCUAUAUUGGGUGUAGAUGACCAUUUGAUUGCAAAAGAAUAUGAAUUGUCUACUAUUGGUUUGAAGACCGAAAUAAAUAUGAUUAAAAGAAUCGAAGCGAGAUCAGAUCUUUAUUAUUACAUGUUAGAAGAUGGUACCUAUACAGACGUAGCAACAAAUACUUCUAUCCCCGGUAAACAAUUGAUUAUAGAUUAUGAUAUAACUCCUGAAACUAUUUGUGCCUCACUAUUAUCAUCCAAGUAUGAAACAAUGAGAUUAUUCAUUGAUCAAUUUAAAACUGAAUUUGAAUCAGCAGAGAUGUUCUUUAAGAUACAAUUAGGUUUCUCUUAUUCUGAAAUUGCAAAGAUCAGAGAUUCGUUGUUAGAAUGA